AUGCCUACCCCCAUCUCCACCGCCCCUAUGGCUUACAAACUAACCCUCCAGUUCUCCCCCUGGUCGUUAUCGUUCCCGCGCCUUUUCCUCUCCGCGCCCGCGUCACCACCCAUCACUCGCGACCCACCGCCGCUAUACCCCGUCUCUCCAGGAAGCUCAGAAAGUGACGACACCACCAGACCCUCCCAACACAUCCUCGGAACCUCCGAAGCUUUCGACACUGUCGGGCCCUUCCAGCGGGGCGACUACGACCCGUUCUUCGACAGAGCUGAUACGUACUCAGGUUACGAAAGCAGCGAAUACGCAGAGUCUUGUUAUAGCUAUGCAGAUAUAAGUGACGAGGUACUAUCUCUCCUCUACGCACGGAGUAGCUACGAAGUGGCCCCGCCAUCGCCGGGUGAGGAGUAUGGUGAUUUGUUAGAUUUUGAGACACCGCUGCCAGUCCCUCGUGUCCCUGCACGUCCCAGUACGAGUGGAAAUAGCGAGCAUGAGGAGAAUCUAUCUGAGUUGUUGGAUCUUGUGACGCCGUUGCCGGUUCCUCGUCCCAGCGUAACCCCUAGCGCGAGCAAGAGCUGGCACGGGUAUAAGCCCUUUGAGUAUCUGUAUCAAACCCCUACCCCUGGUCAAGGUUCCUGGAGCGACGAGAACAUCUACUCCCCACUGCAAGAGUACCACCUCGAGCUGCCUUCUCCAGCCUGUCUCUGGGAGUGGCGGUGGACUGUGAUCUCUAUUAUUACGUUUCUGGUGGGAUGGUGUGCGCUGGCGAUGGUUGAGCUCGAGUGGGAUUGGUAUUAUACAGUUUCGGGGGUGGCAUUAGUGGUGUUCGUGUUUGCAGCGAGUGGGAGGUUGCGGGUGUGGUGGGGUGUGAUGAGGCGGGGAUGGAAAUUGGCGUAUAUGGUGUUCGGGUGA